AUGAACGUGUCCUUUGAAAAAUUUACACAGAAUUUAAUCACCAGGAGAAUUUCAGAGAUUCGUCAUGAGACAGCUUGCUUUUCUUCUGUUACUUUCUUCGCUUUGAGUGAAGUUGUGAAGAAUUUUGACAACUGCAAAAAUUUCUUUUUGAAUGACAAACCUCCCAAGGGCUUCCCAAAUUCAUUCGAGCACAUCUGUCAGUGUCUUUGGGAUGAAAAUGAUCAGAAAAUAUAUGUUUAUGCAACUUUGUACAGCACGACCUGGAAGAUCCCCGUCUACUCAGCGUAUGUGUUUCGCCAAAGCAAAAGUAUUGGGAGAUGUGACGCCUGGUACAUUGAACCUCAGCUGGAUAAAGAGGAUGAGCCAUGUAUGCGGCCUAAAGGCCGAAAUCAAAAAAUUGGCACUAAUCAGGCUCUGAACAGUGACUAUGAGAACUCUGGCUAUAACAAAGGUCACCUCUAUCCUGUGCUCCACACCAGCAAUCAUCUGUCAAUGCUGGCCACAUCCACACUGACCAACGCCGCUCCGCAGAAUUCAGAUUUCAAUCAGAAGGCAUGGCUGAGACACGAGGAAGCUGUAGUUGAAGACUUGAAAUCCUGUGAUGAGGAGGCUUAUGUGGUGACUGGUGUAGUUCCUGACAUAAACCAUAAAAUAGAAAAAAAGAGUGUCACUGUGUCAAAGUAUUACUGGAGCGCCACCUGCUGUCUAAAGGGCAGUCAGUACAUAGGGAAGGGCUACUAUGGACCGGACAACAAUGGCAGAGUGCAGGAAUUAACAAUAGCAGAACUUCAGAAUGAUCUCCAAAUAUUUUACAAACUUGAAAGUUCCAUUUCAAUUUUUCCAGCCCAAAUUUGUCAAAAACUGAAUAGAAAACGCGAGCGAGAAUAAGCUAGAAUAAACCCUAGCUGUGAUGCAGUUCAUUGACACAGAUUAUAUGUUCCUCUUGUGUAACUUUGGUCUUCUCUCAUAUUUCCUCUUACAAUAUGUGUUUGAAACUCCAGUGAGACAUUGUAGAAAUGUCAAAACUAGACAACAUUUCCAAUUCUCCGUCCUCUUUUUCCACUCCAGUCUGUUGGCAUUGUGUGACACUGAUACUGCAGAAACUGAUGUAGAAGAUACACCAGAUGUUGACUACACCAGGAAUCGGGUGCAUUUUGUUAAUUGGAUGGUUGUCUUUGCUUGAUUACUUGAUUUCACACCAGCAGAGGGAGACAGAGACUAACAGAGCAGAUUUCAGGAUCAUCUUUUUAUAAACCGUUUAAUUAGUUAAGAAACAUUUUUGUAAUUGAUGUCUUUUAAUUGAUAUUUUCCUCGCAACUCAGCAUACAAGACAGUGGAGAUUUGGGACCACUUUUUGCUUUAACAUCCGUAACUAAGUGGGUUCUUUGUGCUAGAUCUCAAAUGUUAAUAUAAAUUUCCUUCUUCAAACCAAUACUAUGUCAAUACAGAAAGUGCUAUUGUAACUGCAAUAGAAAACUUACUGUAGAUUAUUACAUUAGUUCAUGUCCCUGAACUUCUAACAUCGUGUUCUUCACUGUAAUAUGUGAAACAGUGAUACAGAUACAGAAUAAACAUAUAAAUAAACUAUAUUACGCUUUCA